AUGCCCCCGAUGGUUCAAAAUUCCAUCUAUGAGCGUUUGGGUUAUUGCGAGACCGAAGAAGAGACUGCCAAAAAUCGUAAUAAAAAAUUUUUCCAAAUCGCUCAAAACACAUCGAACCCAAUUUUAUCACCAACUACGAAACGAAAUCUCGAAUUGGACCUGGAUUUCUUUGAAAGACGCCAACAAAAUGCCCCAACGACUAAAUCAUCAUCAACAGCAACGGAAAAUCAAGAAAAUCCUCAAAGCCCCAUCGAAAUUAGCCCCGAAUCGGUGGAUAGAAUCAAAGUGAUAUUGUUAGGGGCCCCGAUGGUGGGAAAAAGCAGCAUAAUCCAACAAUUUGUUUGGAAUGAUUUUACUGAAGAAUACAUCCCAACGGAUAAAAAACUCACUUAUUAUCCAUCUGUGAUAACAAACAAUCGUCUCUACGAAAUAAAAAUAACCGAUUUACCGGUGAUACCGUAUUUUCCGGUGAAUUCGUUCUACGAAUGGACCGAUUACAGGUUUUUCGGCUUAAGAAACGCCUCGGCUUACAUUUUAGUUUUCGACCUAUCAAACCCCGAAUCCUUCCAAUACGUAAAAACAAUUCGAGAACAAAUAAUGGAAAGUCGGAACGUUUCCAACGUCCCCGUAUUAAUCGUAGGCAAUAAACAAGACCUCAUAGUUAAUAGCGAAGGGGUUGCUGCUGGUGGUGGUGGGAAACCACCUGCAAUUACGAGCGGAUCGGACGAGAGGCGUCGAGAAAUCGUUAAUGUUGUCAAGAAACAGUGGAAAUGCACUUACGUUGAGUGUAGCGCCAAAUAUAAUUGGAGAAUCGUUACCGUGUUUAAAGAGUUAAUUUCGAUGAUUGAUAAUUUGGAUAGUCGUGAUCAAAGCCCUAUGUUGGAUAACAUACAAGAUGCUUUAGAUAGAAAUAAAUGUGUUAUUAUUUGAGGUUAAUAAUAAUGAAUGAAGUAAUAAAACGCAAUAAAUUUCGUAAAUAACGUUACAGACAAUCUAAAAGAAUCGAUUACUUCUUUUAAUCGUUUAAAUCAUUAAAUAAAAGCUGUGCCAUUUAGUAUUAAGAAAGUUUUUGUGAUGACUCAAUAAAAAUUUCUCCGCAAUAUA